UCAUCUUGAAGAUGCCUAGCUAUCACGGUUCAUGAGUUACAGCUUGGUGACGGCUAGACGGCAGAGCCUCAGUAGUAGGGUUUCCCUUUGAAUAGGGGACCCAAAAAAUUGCUGAACUUGGGGGUAAUAUGGAAUCCUAGGACUCGUCCUCACUUCUUUGGACAUCCUGUUUUAAAUGUAAAAAAUCAUUACGGAGUAUUUAUUGUCAAAAUUUAACGUCAAUUUGGGAGAAGCCGUUACGUGAUAAAUCAUAAAAAUUCCGUGCUUUUAGCUAUGAAAAAUAUGUUUCGACGUUUAGUAAGUAGAAGCACCUAAGUGUUGAUUUUCUAAGUUUUUAUUUUGUCUGCGUCUAUUAUAUGUAUUAUAUGUUGUUUUUAUUAUUUAAUUGUUACAUUUUCUUUUUAUCAUCCAGGUUCAAAAGAUAUUCUAAAGAAAUGAGAAAAAAAACUUGUUUUAAAAUCCCGUGUCCUAAAUGACCUUGUUAUUCCUAUACGAUAGAUGAAUUCUGUAUGUAACGUGUGAAUAUCACGCAAGGUUAAUGUUUCAUUCUAUUAUCGCAGAGUGAAUAAAGUUAGACCGAGGGUAGCAUUCUUGUGCGCCAAGUUGAUGAACGUCGCCAAGAGGAUGAUGAUACAUCCUCAAUCCGGUUAUGAGGUAUCCGUGACCGCUCUGUUCAUACUGGACGGCCUGUUGAAGCAGGAACUGUUUGUGGGCAUUAUCGGGUUGAAGUUGUUCCAACACGAGCUGCCGGCGGUGAAGCGCCUGGAGCGCAUCGCGCGCGAGCAGCGCCGCGCCGAUGUGCUGGACGUGCUGCGCGCGCUGCUGCUGCAGGGACCCGUCUCCUUCUACUACACCCACGAGCUUGGCCUCUCCAUGCCCGUCGACGCCGCCAUGAAUAGCCCCUAUAAGUACGCGAUUAUGGCCAACGACCAGCUGUCGGCGCUUGUAGAGAUUCACAAGCUGCGGGAGGAAUACUCCGAUAUCGGUGGGGCUGCUGCGCACUUGGAAGAGUCGUUUGCACAGAGGCUCACCGCCUGUCUGAAGAUAGUAAAGCCUGUUAAAUCUGCGAAACGAGCUAGACUUGCUUCGGACCCGCAAGACAAGAGUGGACCGAGCGGGUCGAGUGCUGAGCCCAAAGCAGGAGGCUCCAAACAGCCGAAGAAACGAAAGGCAAUGGAGUCCCAGGAACAGGCGCAGCCUGUGGGGCUCGCUCAGAGAGACGAACCGAUACCGUCAGGAUCGGGCAUUAACAAGGGAAAAGGUAAAAGCUCCGCCAAUAGCGCUCCUCCCGGCGAAGGCAAUGCAAGCAACAAACGCAAGCGCAUUUCUCAUUUCGAUUGCACCUGCGAUUCUGAUGGCGAGGAUCAUGAAUGCCAAUCUACCAGUGCUGGUAAUGCUGGCGAUAGCUAUGGCGACGACCUUGAUUUGUCUCUUUUCACCAAAGAGAUGCCCCGAGCGGGGCCGAGCGGCUCCAGUCAGGCCGGAGGUGCUGCUGAGGCGAAGAGUACCGGCGAUUCUGCGGACACCGCUGACUCCACUGACUCUGACUCUACGGACGAUGACGAAGGUAUUGACUUCAAUGCUGAAGACGAUGAAAUUCCCGUAAUCGAGGUCGUCCCGAAAGCGGACCGCUUGGCAAUGCAAGGGAGGAAAGUGGAACGCCGCUACUUAAAACAAACAAUAUUGAAGUCCCGUCUCCGCCGCAUGGGCAUACUUGAGGUGGCGUUCGGCAUUCCCGAAGAAGAAUAAAUUCGCAGACUACUGCUCGCUUCUGCUGUCCACACAGCCCACUUACUAAUAUUUUGAUACUCUUUCAUAUUUAUAAUCUUUCUUGAUACUUUUAUGCGACAAUGUCGACCUAUUUAAUCCAAAGAAUAGAUACGCAAGUUUCUAAAACUUUUAGUCACUAGGCUAAGCGAAAAAGAUCUCUGUAUACCUAAGUAAAAUGUGGUACCAAAAAGGUGUAACUAUUGAGACUGUAUUUUUACUGAUUUAACUGGAAAUCUUACAAUCAUGAAAUUAUUGUAAUCUCUAGGCUUAGCGAUUAGAAACUAUUGUUUUAAUCCCAAUAAUACGUUAAACGUAUAAAAACAAAUCAUUACCGAAAAUACAACUAAUGAAUUUUUAUAAAUCAAUUGGGAAGUAUUCCGCACCAGGAGAACUCGAAGUUUCUUGAAUCGAAAUAUGCAGAAAGUAUAUAAAUCAAACAUUCUAAGAAUAAAUUUUAUUAUUUUACUUUUAGAUAAGGCAAGAUUAUAAAUCAACUUUACAUUAAGACGAUCGGCGCGCUCCACAUUGAAUAACAGCCACAUUUUACUAACUUUAUUGGUACUCGAACAUGAAUUUUCUUCAGUGUUAGCAUUAAGCUCAGAUGAGAAAUGUUUUGUGCAGUGUAUUUCUCAUUCAUAAUUGUGUAAUCAUUUUCAUUAAUAAAAGCAUUGUAAUCGUAGAAAAAUGUUUAUCAUUUUUUUCACAAAACCUUAUCUGAAAGUUUUUGAUGAACCAGAUUGUCUACAAUUUAGGUAAACUGACAACAAAUUGAUACACAUUAGGGAAAUUGACUACGUGAUCAGAUUUCCUCAAAAGUAAAACUCGGAUGAGUGGCAAUUCUUAUUGUCUUAAUGGAGCUAAAGUAACUUUCUUGCUUCUAAGAAAAGGCUCCGCAUUGCAGUCGCCGGUACAGUGGUGCCUCGCUAAGUUUAGUUAGUGAGAUCCAUCUCGAAGGUACUAAAAGUGAUAAUCAGAAGAAUAAAUGGAGCUAAGUGCAGUAUGUUCCCUUUCAAAGCUUAAUUGUGUCUUAUUUAAUUUAAUUUGAAAAGA